AUGAGACACCAGAGGCUUCAUAAGAAGAAAAAGCUGACGUGCAACCAGUGUGGCAAAAUCUUCCCGUACAAGUCGCACCUGAUUCGCCACCAGAGCGUCCACACUGGGGAGCGGGCCUUUGUCUGCUCGGAGUGCGUCAUAACCCAUCGCAGAAUCCACACUGGCGAGAAGCCAUUCGUCUGCCCCAUAUGCGGAAAGGCCUUUGCCCAGAGCUCCAACCUUCUUUCCCACCAGAGAGGCCACACCGGCGUCAAGAAAUUCAUCUGCAGAGAAUGUGGGAGGAGCUUCCUUUCCAACUCUCUGCUCACCAUCCACCAGAGGACCCAUACAGGAGAGCGACCUUAUGAGUGUUCAGAGUGCGGCAAACGCUUCACUCAAAAACAGCACCUGCAGGUCCAUCAGCGCACCCACACCGGGGUGAAGCCGUACCGGUGCGACGAGUGCGGGAAAAGAUUCGCUACAACAACAAGCCUUUCGAUGCACGAGAAGGGCCACACGGGAGAAAGGCCGUUCCAGUGCUCUGAAUGCGGCAAAGGUUUCACCAUGAAGCACUUGCUCCAUCGGCACGAGAUGAACCACACAGGCGCCAAGCCGUUUCCUUGUUCCGAAUGUGGCAAAAGCUUCCCGACCAUGCCUCGCCUACGAAGCCACCAGCUGACCCACACUGGAGAAAAGCCCUACGAAUGUCCAGAGUGCGGGAGACAUUUCUCUACCAACUCGCACCUCUACAGCCACAAAGCCACCCACACCGGAGAAAAGCCCUUCAAAUGCUCUGAGUGCGGAAGAGGGUUUGCCCGCAGGAGCCACCUACGUGGCCACCAAACUGUCCACACCGGUGAGAAGGCCUUCCAGUGCCAAGAAUGUGGGAAGCAGUUCACGCAGAAGGAAGAGCUUAGAAAGCACGAAAAGACUCACACCGGAGAGAAACCAUUCACCUGCUCCGAGUGCGGGAAAGGAUUCCGAGACAAAGCCCGCUUGGUGGUCCACCAACGGGGCCACACCGGUGAAAAGCCAUUCACUUGCCCUGAUUGCGGGAAAGGCUUCAGCGACAACGGAAACCUCGCCCGACAUCGGAAAACCCACGCUGGUCAUAAACCAUUCUCAUGUUCUGAGUGUGGGAAAUCUUUCCUUCGCAACGCUCAACUUCUCUCCCACCGGAGGUCCCACACAGGCGAGAAACCCUACGCGUGCUCAGAAUGCGGCGAAGGCUACAAAGAUAGCUCCGAGCUGACGAGACAUAAAAUGACCCACAGCGACGAGAGGCCGUUUUCUUGCUCAGAGUGCGGAAAAUGUUUUAGAGACAAGAAGAGCCUAGUCUUGCACCAUCGGAGCCACACCGGGGAAAAGCCUUACGAGUGCCGGGAAUGCGGGAAAUGUUUCAGCUGCAACGGGAACCUUAGGGCCCACGAGCGGAUACACACGGGAGAGCGCCCUUACGAAUGUCCUGAGUGCGGAAAAUGUUUUGCCACCAGCUCCCAGCUCACCAGCCACAAGACCUCCCACAGCGAGGAGAAACGUUACGAGUGCUCCGAGUGCGGCAAGCGCUUCCGGUGGAAAAGUCUUCUAGUCGUUCACGAGAGGCGCCAUAGAGGAGAGAAGCCCUUCGAGUGUCGUCAGUGCGGGAAAGCCUUUGCCGGGAAGUCUAAUCUUCUCACUCAUGAGAGGAGCCACAUUGGAGAGAGACCGUUCACCUGCUCCGAGUGUGGGAAAUGCUUUGUAGCCAAGCACACCCUGUCCCGCCAUAUGGUCAUCCACACGGGCGAGAAGCCUUUCACCUGUCCGGAAUGUGGCAGGCAGUUCAAGCUUAAGCAAACCCUGUGUAGCCAUCUACGCACUCACACACGAACCCAGCCCUCUGGAGGAACAGACUUUAAAAGUCCGAGGGUCAGUCCUGAUUGGGGAACGUCCCUUGAAGAACCUCAGGUCUGGCCCAAGUAG